AUGCGUACGAAAAUUGCCUUGCUAUUAUUACUCGCUGUAGUUCUAUCGCAAUAUUCGGUCGGCGCUCGGCGAGUGUCGGAAUGCGAGGCCGCCCGGGCGCUGGCCCUGAACGGCGUGCCGCGCACCUUCAUCAGCACCUUCCUCUGCAUCAUGAAGAGCGAGAGCAACUUCGAGACGACGGCCAAGGGCGGCCCGGGCCCGAGCUACGGCUACGGCAUACUGCAGAUCAGGAGCGAUCAUUACUGCAACGCCUUCAGGCCGCCGCCGGUCGGCUGCAAGAGGAAGUGCAGCGACUUCACCAACGACAACAUCAGCGACGACAUCCACUGCGCCCGCAAGAUCUUCGAGGAGCAGGGCUUCAAGUACUGGCGAAAGUUCCAUACGCACUGCAAGGGCAAGCCUCUGAUGCCGCCCAAGAACUGCCACUACAGAAUGGCCUACGACAUGGAAGAGCUCGAAGCUCUGCAGGCUGGAAACUCCACAGAAAUCGAAUCGAUGUGA